AUGGACUAUGCAGGGAGACCUCCAGAUAAACCUCCAGAUAAUAACAGGAUGGAUCAAGAUGAUAAUAUAGAGAAAAGUAACAUCAAUGUAAAUAACACAUGGGACGGUAAAUUAAAAAAUAAAGGAGAAACUCAUCCUGAAUGUGAAUGCAGUCAUCAUACGUGCGGACCAAAUUGCGAGAAAUGUUGUCCUAUGUACAAUCAACGCCAAUGGGGUCCAGGAUCCGCUAGAGAUGCUAGACAAUGCUUGCCUUGCAACUGUCACGGCCACGCUACAAGUUGCCACUAUGAAGAAGAUGUUGAUAGAUCUGGUCUUAGUAUGGAUAUCCACGGAACGUAUCAGGGUGGAGGAGUAUGCAACAACUGUACGAUGAUCAUGAAGAAGAAUUCAUUGCUCCUUUGUCAACAGUUACAGUCCAACCAUCUACGUCACAAAUACUGCGGCACUUCACUUCAAUGGCUAGUAUGCUUACUUCAUUGCAAUGAGCUACCUCUACGUCAUCUAAUUCAACAGUUAGAUGGACACACCAGUGGACCACUUGGUUUUUCAGGGCCAAUAGGGAAACUUCUGGAACGCUGUAAAGAGAAGGCUGUUGUCGAUUUUGUCUCAAUAGAAAACAACCUAGCAAUAUUAUUAGAAACCACAGACCUUAGUACCGAUCAGAAGUACUUGUACCAAAUCAGUCAAGCAGUUGCUGCGGGAAAAUGUCCUAAUGAUUUGAGCCUUCAAAACCCUGGGAAAAUAUCACACGCAAGGUGGCUGACAGUUGAUAAUCGGUUGCUUCGAUGGUAUUUUGGAACUGAAUGUCUCAGCCCCCAAUUAAUUAUGUUAGAUUUCACUACGGGUAUUAACUGCGAAAAAUGCCUCCCAGGAUAUUACCGACCAACUAACACCCCACCUGACGCACAAAAACCUUGUAUCCAGUGUAACUGCGAAGUGUCUGGUGCUGCUAGUACUUGCGUACAAUAUGGAGAGACAGCCGGAAAAUGUAUGUGUAAGGAAGGUUAUACUGGAGAGAAAUGUGAAACCUGCGAUGUUGGUUAUACAGGUUUUCCCGACUGUCAACCAUGCCCUUGUGAUGCCAAAGGAGUUAAAGGAAUCGACAAAUGCGAAGAAGGAUGUAUUUGUAAGGAAAAUGUUGAGGGCAAAUAUUGUGAUAAAUGCAAAUCAGGGUAUUUCGGAUUAAGAAAUGACAUCGAAGAAGGCUGUCUACCGUGCUACUGUUCUCAAGUAACAACUCUAUGUGAAUCGGCAUUGGUUAAGAAACAAACAGUAAAUUCCCUUAAAGAAUGGAUGAUAACCGAUUUAAAAGUAACAAAAGUGGUAAAACCAAACUGGAACGGUCAAAGUGUUUUUUCGCUGGGUAACUACGGAGACUUUUCAGGGAAUAGCGGUGACGGAAUGGGGACAAGAUCUUUUUACUGGCUGGCACCUGAAGAAUAUUUGGGUAACAAACUCGAGGCGUACAACUCCAACUUUCUAUUCAAAGUUCAGUGGGUGGUGAUGAGGGGAGACACCAGUGGCGAGCCGACUAGGGGGCCGAAUAUUGUUCUUAUAGGAAAUGGGAUGAAGAUAGGUUACGGUGACGAUAUUCACACUUCAUCCAAGAUGACAUUCCAAUUAAAACUUAACGAAAUAGGCUGGUAUCACAUUCCACAAAGUAUUAGGGACGUUACAAAGAUUGAUGGUACUGUUUACCAUGGUGCAGUAGUGACCAGAAAUGAAUUUUUGAAAUUACUCAGCAAUGUUUCUAAUGUUUUACUAAGAUCUACAUUUCACACUGACCAAAUUGAAUCAUUAUUGGAAGAAGCUGCGUUAAAUAUUGAUGAUGAUGAAUAUAGAUACAGCAGUGUAGAGCGUUGUUCCUGUCCUUCUGGUUACACCGGAUUAUCCUGCGAAUCUUGUUCAUAUGGCUACGUUCGAAUUCUGCCUAACAUGACGACAACCAACAUCGAGCAAAGCUUUUGCGUCAAAUGCGAUUGUAAUGGUCACUCUCCAUCCUGCAACUCUGAUACAGGAGAAUGUUCCUGUCAACACAACACUAUGGGAGAAAAAUGUGAACGUUGCGCUCCUGGUUUCUACGGCAAUCCAAUCCGGGGCACUCCCGAUGACUGCAAAAAGUGUGCCUGUCCUUUAGAGAACGACGAGAACAACUUUAGCCCCAGCUGUCAACUCGACUACUAUGCCGAGAGGGAAGAAGAUGAGGGCAAUUACGUCUGUACUCAAUGUCCGAAGGGAUACACGGGGGAUCACUGUGAAAUUUGUGAUGAUGGAUUCUUUGGAAACCCAAUGGAAAUAGGCAAUAGUUGUCAACCUUGUGAUUGCAAUGGAGGGCCUUGUGAUAGAAAAACUGGUCAGUGCCUUAGUUGCAGAGGAAAUACUGAAGGUUGGAAAUGUGAGAAAUGUAAACCAGAACAUUAUGGAGAACCGUCACAAUUUAAUUGCAAAGCCUGCGAAUGUGACCCAAUCGGGUCCGUGUCAAGGCAAUGCUAUAAUGUAACGGGACAAUGCGAAUGUAAGGAAAAGUUUAUAGGAAGAAUAUGUUCGGAAUGUGAGACAGGUUUUGGAAACGUAACUGCGUUGUGUGUGCCCUGUAGCUGUAAUGCAAUAGGUUCACUUUCGGAAAUAUGCAACACGCAUACCGGCAUCUGUGAUUGCAAACCAGGAGUAGAGGGUUUUCAUUGCGAUGCCUGCCAGAACCUCUUUUACGGAUUCUCUGAGAUCGGCUGUAAACCUUGUACCUGCGACCCAGACGGAUCGAGAUUUCUGACUUGCAAUCAGACCACAGGGGCUUGCUUCUGUAAGCCACAUUAUACGGGAACUGAAUGUAAUUCUUGUGAGGAUGGAUAUUGGAAGAAAAAUAAAGUGUGUACAGAAUGCAAAUGUAACGUAUAUGGUACAAUUGCCGACACCAACUGUGAUAAAGAAACUGGACAAUGUCUAUGUAAACCGGGUGUUAUGGGGCAACAAUGUACUAGCUGCUUGCCGAACCACUAUGGUGAUAUCAAGACGAGCUGUAAAAGAUGUGACCCUUGUGAUAAAAAAGGACAUAUUUGUGAUCCCAACAACGGCAAGUGUAUUUGUCCUCCGCUGACCAGUGGCACAGAAUGCGAAAAAUGCGUAGAAAAUGCUUGGGGUAUCGAGGAAGGGGUAGGAUGCAAGCUCUGUAAUUGCUCAAUUACUGGUUCUUCUAGUCAACAAUGUAACACCAACACAGGAACUUGUAGUUGCAAGAUCGGGUUUGAAGGUAAAAAAUGUAGUUCGUGUAGUUUCGGCUACUAUGAUUAUCCCAACUGCAAAAAAUGUAAUUGCGAUCCCAUCGGCACUGACGGAGAGCAGUGUAAAGACGGGCUUUGCAAAUGUAUUAAUGAUGGAUCUUGUAAAUGCAAGCAAAAUGUACAAGGAAAAUAUUGUAACGAGUGCAAAAAUAAUCAUUACGGACUUUCAAAAGAAAACAUCAAGGGUUGUACGGAAUGUUUCUGUUUUGGAAGAAGUGAAACAUGUACAGAUGCUCUUUAUCACUGGAAUAAGUCAACAAGAUUGGAACGAACAUUGGAAGAAGAUAAUCAGGUGACUGAAGACGAAUUAAGUUUACCAAAAUCAUUCUUGGGUGAUAUAACCCCUUCUUACGGCGGUUACUUGGCGGUGAAUAAUUCCGGAGGCAGAUUUGACGUAAUUUUAGAAGGGAACAAUGUUCGAAUAAGAUCACUAGGAAAUCACAAUGAUCUACAAAUGACCGAAUCGACAGAGUUUGGUAACUGGAUAGUUUCCUCCGAUAAUUCGGAUUUUCCCACCGAGUGUGUUGAUAAAUUGAGUCGAUCCUGUUUUAUGGUUAUUAUGCAGAACGUUACAUUAUUUAUUAUAAAAGCUAAUAACAGAAUUAAGGAAGUCCUUCUAGAUAAAGCCAAGAACGAAGUAUCAGCUUAUCCAAUAACACACUCCGUAGAAAAAUGCGAAUGUCCACCUGAGUACAAAGGGCUUUCUUGUGAAGAUCCAAGCAAAGGAUACUAUCGUUAUUUUCCUAAAGAUUCAACACUACCUUGGAUAGACCGUGUCAUCGGAAUAUCCAAAAAAUGUGAAUGCAGAGGGCACUCAAACGAGUGUAAUCCAGAAACUGGUCAUUGUAAGAACUGUACUGAUCACACAACUGGAGAACAUUGUGAAACAUGUGAAGGUGGUUAUUAUCUUGAUCCAGAAGAAACAUGUCAACCUUGCCUUUGUCCAUCAGCUCAGCAAAAUAAUGCACAAAGUUGUAGGCCUGAAACUGAUGGUGGUUUCGUCUGCCAGUGCAAAACAGGUUACACUGGAAAACAUUGCGACCAAUGCGAUAGAAAAUAUUACUCUCCCCCUAAUUCUAUAGAGUGUAUACCCUGCAACUGUAAUAAAUACGGUAUUGUUCCUGGAGAUUUGGGUGUGUGUGAUAAAGAUGGACGAUGUACCUGUCAAGAAGGAUUCACUGGCGACAAAUGUAACCAAUGCGUUAAAGAAAGAGAAUAUAUCGAAGAUGGCGUCUGUAAAUCUUGUGACGAAUGCACUAUGAAACUAUUUGAUGAAAUCGAUAACAUGAAAGUAGAUAUAGAAAACGUUUACGAAAUGUUUAAAGAUGGUAUUGGGCCUCCAUGGAGGAAUCUGACCGAUCGGCUAAAUAGACACAACAUGUUAUCCGAAAAGUAUAACAAGAAAGACGUUGAGUUCAAAAAUCUGUUACAGUCAAACGACAUUACUGAAUACGAAGUCACAAUAAACGAACUUGAAAAGAAAAUGAUCAAAAAUAAUGAAAUAUUGGAAGAUAACAUCAACAACAUUGACAAAUUGACUGACGGCUCAACUAAACUGCUGAAGGAAACUGGAGAAGCCAGUAAAAAGUUGAUAAGCAUUAUUGAUUCUUUAGACAACUUUGGAACGAAACAGGUUAGCUUGAAAGACGCAUUAACCAGAGCCCGUAAGAUAUUGAAAGAAAUCCAGCAACGUUCAAAAACGAUAGAAAAAUUAAAUGAUAAGAAAAUAUUUCAGUACUGUACUUCGAUUAAUUUAAAAGUUGAUGAAAUAUAUGGCAAAGUUCCGAAAACACCUCCAAAAAAUAUCGAAGAUUUAAAAAAUAAACUAAAUGCCCUUUUCGAUCAGUUGUCAUACACAGACAAUUUGGCCAAAAAGGCGGAUAAUAAAAACACAUUAAAUGCCCAGCGUUUAGAAUCGGUCAAGGAAAAAUUUGAAAUCAUGAAAGGGAAAAAUAAGCAACUGACUAAUACCUUUAACGAUAUUGUAAAUAAACUAAAUGCUACCGAGGAUGUCUUAGAAUCUUUAGAAACAGUUUACACUGACCUGAUAAACAUAUCAAAGUUUGCAGAAUAUGAAGAUCUAGAUAAUAGAGUGAAGCGCCAAAUGGAAGAAAUACCUGAAGCACAAAAUUUAUAUGGCAAAGCUGUGGAACAUGUACAAGAGUUGGAAACAAAAGUUGAGGAUUAUCACAGUAUGUUCAACUUUACGAAGGACGAAUGGAAAAAAAUUAACGCUAGUGGGGCCUAUGAAGCCAUUAUAAAUGGUAUAAAAGAAACAAGAGACCAUUUGGACAGUGCCAAAGAAUCUUUAAAGCAAGCUCAAAAACUUAUACUGCCUGAGAUAGGGGAUAGCAUUGUAACUCAAUCCGAUAUUGCGCAAGCGUAUUCUGAUAGAUUAAGACAGAGAAUAACAAAUUUGAGGGAUCUUUCCAAAAAUCUACAUGAUAUCAAGCGUAAAAUAGACCAACUAACAUACGGCAUACUGGAAAAUGGGAAAAACAAUAAUGAAAAUUCCCAGCAUAUACAAAAAACCAACAACUUCCUCACCCAAAACGACAAUAUUACUAGAAUGGAAAGAGCAAUAAAAAACGCAAGUGAAAUUUCUGAAACAAUGCGAGAAAUUUAUAAAAAGACAGACGAUAUUGCUUUCGACAAACAGUUCAAUUUUGAUAAGAAGUAUCAGAAGUAUCAAGACCAAAUUGAUCCUAAAGAAAUUACACAUUUGAACUCAGAUUUAAGGACAGCUAGAGAAGCGCUUCUGAACUUAAAAGUACCGCAGACCUCCAAAAAUGAGGACGAGAAGAGUCAAGAUGUAAAGGAUAGAUUGAUCGACGUAGACAAAAGACUAAACGAGUUGCAGAAUUUAAUUAGUUUAGUAAAACAACAAGUAGAUGGGGUGGAGGUUCCAAUGAAUUUAACGAACUGCUUUAUGUCUUACCGAGUGCCAAAGAGACAAUAUUUCCAAAGUCUUUCAAUAACGUUUAACUGUAACGAUUGCUGGUUAUUCAGAUGGUGGAAUAGUUUGACAAAUAUAGAAUAUUUAUCCAUCAGAGUACAAAAUAACAAGCUUAUUGUGAAAGUUGAAGAGAGAGAUACCGACAUCGGAGAAAUAUCAAAUGAAGAAAAUGUUGUGAAUCUACAAAAGACUGGCUCGAUGUUAAAAGUUCAAAUGGGACAAAAUGAGAAGGGAACAUUUUUAGAUACGGCCUUUAUUUAUCCCGAUCACAGCUUAGAAAUUGGUUCUAAGAACCAAUCUACAGAAAAAUCAGCAAAAAAACCUUCCUAUAUUUACAAAGUGAUAUUAAAUGGAGAAAACUUUGGAGUAUGGAACUUCAAUAAAACUAACGGCAAAUGCAUUGGACAACGAAGGAACGUCUCUAUUGACGAAAGCCUAAAUAAUCUCUAUGGGGGAAAAGGCUACUUCGAGUAUGGAGUCAACAACAACUUGGAUCCGAGGAAAUUCUCAAUACAGUUCAAAGUUACCACUUUUGAUGAAAAUGCCACCCUCUACGUUGUUGCUGAUUUUGAUAGAUGCACCUACGCUUAUAUCUAUCUACAAGGUGGUGAAAUUAAUUUCUUUAUGAAGUUUAAUGAAACCGAAUCCACGACUUUAAGGGGGGAGAAAAAAAUCAAUGACGGUCUGGAACAUUCCAUCGUACUAACUUGGGUAACACAAGCCAAAAAGUAUUAUAAAAUCACCUUGAAUGAUAUGCCCUUCCUUGAACCGAAAUUAGUAGAUCCUGCAAAUUUCUUCAGAAUAAAAAAGGCGAAACAUUACUUAGGAGGUGUUCCACCUACAUUUAAUAAGACUUGUAUUCCCAUUAGGGAGCCAUCUUUGUUAGGAUUUUUGAAGAUGGAGACACAGUUAAGUAAUGCUGGAAUUUCUUAUGGAAUUACGCGAACUAAGACUCUCUCAUUUAACGAUGUGUGGAUAAACGAGCAAGGUUAUUUAUCACUUAAUUAUGCCAAAGAAAUCGUUCAAAAUAUAAGUUUUGUUUUGAGGCCAAUCGUGGACACUGGAACUAUAAUCAAAUUCAACGAAGCUCAAAGCAUAUCUACGCAAGACGGAAAUAUUUUAGUUGAUGGUGAAAAAAUUGAUUUGAAGCUUAAACAGAAUGACUACAACAACAUAGAAUUGAACUUGGACACUGACAAAGUGAUAAAAAUAAAUGGUAUUUCAAAUACAGUGGCUAAUCCUGAAGAAAUUACGAUAGAAAAGUUACAAAUAGGAGGACUAGGUUUUGUUGGAGGAAUUAGAGAUAUCAUGAUUAAUAAUAAGAUUCUUUCAUUCGAUAAUACUACAGUGGAAAAAUUCGAGAAAGUUACUAUUGGAAGGGAAGAACCUUUGAAUGAGUUGAAAGAACCGCAAAUGCGAAGUUUAAGUAUGACAAAUACAAUGCAGAAUACCGAAAGAUGUACAGAGUUUGAUAAUACCGAUAUCGAACAGGAUGCUAUAAAGUUUGGAGACAAACCUAAUAGUUACACCUACAUUAAAACAAAAUUUUGGAGGACAAACUUCACAAUGCAAUUUGAUUUCAGGACUUUAUAUCCGAACGGUGUUAUAUUUGUUGCUAGUAACAAGAGAAAAAAUUAUAUCCUGUUGGAGUUAAAAGACGGUCAAUUGCAGCUUAAUAUUGAAGGUAGAAAGAAACAACUAAAAACUCUGCCGAUAAGUUCAACAAGAAUUAAUGAUGGGCAUUGGCAUCAUGUUCGAUUAAGUAGAAAAAUGAAAAAGCUUACAAUUUUCCUCGACAAAGACACAAAACCAAGUAGAAUUAAUAUUAGGCUAAAACCCAAAGAUGAAAUUUAUUUCGGAGGAAUUUCGCAAAAUUCAGAAUACACAGAAAUUCCAGAUUUGAUGAAUCGUUUGCUGCCAUUCAGAGGUUGCAUGCGGUCACUGGAAAUUAACAACGAACAGCAAUUUUUAAGAAAUAACAAAAACGUACAGAGUUCUAAUAUAACUUUGUGCUUCUCAAACGUUGAAGAAGGUGCUUACUUUGGAGGAGACUCAUAUGCUAUAUACAAAGAAGAUUUUCAGAUCAGCGAUAUGUUAGAACUCAGCUUUGAAUUUAGAACAUCAGAACAAAACGGUAUCUUACUAAGUGUUUCUAACCAGGGAGAUUAUCCCGCGUUAUCCGUAGAAUUACAAAAUGGUGGUAUAGUUAUGGCAGUAAACUUGGGCAAUGGAGUUAUUACCAACGUAACUAACAACCUCAACUCCGAUAUUGCUUUAUGUAACAAUAAGUGGCACAACAUAACAGCAUUAUAUUCAAGUUCUGAAUUAACAGUGUACGUGGAUGGUAUAAGAAAAAGUUGGGUACAGAGCGAUAUCAAUUCUACCAUGGAUGAAAUGGAGGCACCAUUGUACGUUGGAGGAUUACCAGAUAACGCUCCCACCGGGACACUAAAGUCACUUACAAACUUUAAGGGCUGCAUACGAAAACUUAAAAUUGAAAAUCAGCUAAUGGAUUGGUCCGAUAUGAAGGAACUGAAUAAUGUUUUAUUAAACUCAUGUCCAAUAACAGAAAAUAGUGAAAAUAGCAACAUACCAUAAACAUAACAAAACAAACGAAGCCAAAUUAUUACAGUUUGACCCUUUAAAGUCCAGGAAAGAUAAUAGAACUGCUUGUUUUCUUGAGAUACUUACCACUUUACACGUUUCAAACAAAUUCUUAGAAAGUAAUAAACUGUGUUUGAACUAUGUAUAUUUUAUAAAAUAAAUCGAAGAUAAUAACAUUAAAAAGUGGGAAAUAACCUUUUAGAUUAGAGAGUCUAGCCGGUUAAGAUAGUGAAAAAUGCUCCCAGCGAUAUUCCAAAAAUAAAAAUACCUUGCUAUUCUACAUAAAAAAGUAUUCGACCAAAAAAAUUUUUAGGCCUCUAGUGCCACCCAUAACCCCCCAAAAAUUAAAACGCGUUUUUCCGUUUUUGGCGAUAUCUUCGUUUCUAAUCAUCUUAGAAACUUCAUUUUUCUUUUAGUUUGUAGGAUUUUUGAUUGAUUACAGCAUAGGAUUUUUUCCAAAAUUUUUGGCGCAAAAUUCAACUCUUUUUUUGCUUUUGAAAUUUUUAAACUUCGUUAAAAUUAUUUAUUGGGUAUCAAAUUCUCUCCAUAAUUUUCUUUUUUAGAUUUUUAUAGGUGGGGCAUCAUGGUGAAUAUAACAAAAAUUCAUUUUUCGAUAUUUUCUUUAACCAUUUUGAUUCCUGAUUCAAUUUUAAAAUCAUUAUCUACCUUAUUUUCAUUCAAGUACACCCCAAAAAAUGUCAAAUAAGUUUUUAGACCCCUAGACCUGAGCAUAACCUCAAAAAAAUUGAAACGUAUUAUUUCGUUUUUUGACGAUAUCUUCGGUUCUAAUAAUUAUCGUAAAAACUCAUUUCUUCUUUUAAUUUGUAGGUUUUUUAUUGCCUACUACAUAUUUUUAACAAAAUUUUUGGUGCAAAAUUCAAAUUUUUAACGCCUUUGAAAUGUUUUUGAAUAAUUUUUGAAUUCAUCGUUCAAUUUGUGACAAAAAAUCUAUCUUCCAUUUUUUUCAUACGACCCGCCGUUUUUAUGCAAAAAAUAAAACAUCUUAACGCUUACAAAGUAUUUUUUUUUCUUCCUUAUUGGCUUUGGAUUACUUGAUCCAUUCAGCCACGAUAGAUAAUAAAUUACUGUUUGCUACAAUAUUCCAAAUAUAAUACAUUGCAUUACAUAAUACAUUAGGUACAUGUGCGCACAUAAAAUACUUAUGCACGCAUAUACAUACAUACAUAUGUAGAAGUGGAAACAUUUAAUUGACCAGUAGGUAUACUCCUCAUUCAUGGCCCUAACCAACUUAAAUUAAUUUACAAAUAAUUAAAUCGACAAAAAAAAACUACAUGCUAAUACUAAAUACUAAUACUAAAUGCUAAUACAUAUAUGUUUUUUUUUACACAGCGAUAAGGCUUCAACCCGGAUCAACCCCGCGGAGGUUUACACCCUCUUUGUGUUUUUAAUUUUUUUUUCUCUUUUUUAUUUUUUUAUAAUUUAUUAUACUUUUUUUUAUUUAUUUAUUUAUUUUUUUUUUUUUUAUUAAUAAGAUUUAUUUUUUUUAUACAUUUUUUUUUGUAUACAUAUUUUUUUGUAUAAUUUUUUUUUCUUUUUUAAUUUUUUCAAUAUAAACUUUUAUACAAUUCUAUUCUUAUUACCUAUUAUUCUAUUCUUAUUAAUGCUUACAAAGUAUUCGACAUAAGUUUCUAUAAUAUGAAUGUAAGUAUUAUAGUCCAGGGCGCAUCUGUUUUGAGAUGGACGUUGAGAGGUGACUCAAAUUUUUUUGCAUAAAUUGCUUGAAAAUAAAUCAAAUAAUAAUAUUUGAGUUAUUCUCCCUCUCAAAAAGGUCCGGAACAUUGUUUAAAUAAUCAAAAUGUCAAAAAUUUAAGGAAAAAUUCGAUUUUUUUCUUGGUUUUUUGAUUAUAACUUUAAAAGUAUUCAUUUCCGAGAAAAGUUGUACUGACAUAAAAGUUGCGUAAUUAAAUUUCCUACAAUAUAGAAUUGGUUAAAAACUUAAAAAAUAGUCACCCUAGUUGCAAAAUAGCACUAAUUGCGAAAAAAACCAUACAAAAACAAGUAUUCGCAUUUUACGUUUUUCAACCAUUUAUGCUACACUUAGGACCUUCAUAUUUCACUCAGAAAAACUUUAUGAUACAGUAAAACAAUACUGUAAAUUUGAUUAAGAUCGGUUCAAUAAAUUUUGCAAUCCAGCUUUCGCAAAAAAAUUCAUUUUUUCAAAAUGUUACGGGACUGAAAAUAAAGCAGUUAGCAAGUCGAAUUUUUUUUUGCUUAUAGAAGUGUACUGUACCUUUCAUUUGCAAUUUUUAGAAUUAAAAUCGAUUAAUUACCACGGCGUCAGAAAAUUUUUGAAAUAAACAAUAAUUUUUGGUGCUACGCGCAGGACAACGGUGUUCGAUUCACACAAGUUGAUUUCCACCAAAAUUUCUUCCAAUCUUUAUCUAAUAUAUUAUUUUCUUACUCUAUAUUUUGUUGUAUUUUAAUACUUUAAUUCCACAAAAAUCAAACUAAUUUUAUUAUUGUUUGUGAAAUAUUGUUUAAACAAUUGCAUAUGUUUAAAAAUAAUAAACUUUUAUUAUUUAAGUUAAAAUAUAUGAACAAAGAAAGUUUUUGCUAAUAAAAGUGUUAUUUCAAAGGAUAGAGUAUGUGUUUUUAUUUUUCAAUAAACAAAUUUAUUUAUUUAUAUCGAAAUGUAAUAAAAAUUAAAAUGUAUCAAUCAUUAUCAAAGGUCAUUGGAAUGCCCAAUCAGAGUAAACUAUCCGCUGUCCUGCGCGUAGCACCAAUAAUUAAUGUUUAUUUAAAAAAGUUCCUGACGCCGUGACGUUAAUCGAAAAGGUUAAAACGAAAGGUACAGUACACUUCUAUAAGCAAAAAAAAAUUUCAACUUGCUAUCUGCUUUAUUUUCAGUCCUGUAACAUUUUGAAAAAAUGAAUUUUUUUUACGAAAGCUGGAUUGCAAAAUGUAUUGAACCGAUCUUAAUGAAAUUUACAGCAUUGUUUUACUGUAUCAUAAAGUUUUUCUGGGUGAAACAUGAAGGUCCUAAGUGUAGCAUAAAUGGUUGAAAAACGUAAAAUGCAGUUGUUUUUGUAUGUUUUUUUCACAAUUAUUGCUAUUUUGCAACAAGGGUGACUAUUUUUUAAAUUUUUAAUUAAUUCUAUAUUGUAGAAAAUUUAAUUACGCAACUUUUAUGUCAGUACAACUUUUCUCGGAAAUGAAUACUUUUAAAGUUAUAAUCAAAAAAUCAAGAAAAAAAUCGAAUUUUUCCUUAAUUUUUUGACAUUUCGAUUAUUUAAACAAUGUUCCGGACCUUUUUGAGAGGGAGGAUAACGCAAAUAUUAUUAUUUGAUUUAUUUUUAAGCAAUUUCUGCAAAAAAAUUUGAGUCACCUCUCAACGUCCAAAUGUACUAAUAUUUUUACAGAUGCGCCCUGGUCUAUUAAUCUUAUUUCGAAUACUUUGUAAGCGUUAAGAUGUUUUAUUUUUUGCAUGAAAACGGUGAUUUUUCUUGUGGCAUUAUUGGGUGUGAAUCUGUUUACUUCUCCUGGUUUAAGAACAGUGUAUAGUUAAUUUGAAACGUCAAUGAAUAGGGCUUUUCAUUCACAGUCAUUUGUUUCGAGCUUCUAUCAUAUUAUGUCGUAUAAUCCGUGUAGGUACCUAUAUUAAUAUUAUACACACAUUAUACAACAUAUGACAGAAGCUCGAAACAAAUUACAAUCGAUGAAAAGCCCUAUUUAAAAAUCGUUAGGGUAAUAGGGGUUUUCAACAAUUGUCAUUUGUUUCGAGCUUCUGUCAUAUGUUGUAUAAUCUGUUUAUAAUAUUAAUAUACACAGAUUAUACGUCAUAUGACAGAAGCUCGAAACAAAUGACAAUCGCUGAAAAACCCUAUUACUAUGUGCUGAUUGAAGUUAGCAUAUACCUAUACCCUAUUUUUAAACCAGGAGGAGUAAACUCAAAAGACAGAUUCACACCCAAUAGGGCUUUCAUUCACAGUCAUUUGUUUCGAGCUUCUGUCACAUGUCGUACAAUCCGUGUAUACUAAUAUUAUACACAGAUUAUACAAUAUAUGACAGAAGCUCGAAACAAAUGACAAUCUAUGAAGAGCCCUAUAAUGUCACUACAUAGAAAAAUCACCAAAUACAAAUUUGCGAGACACGCGAAAAAUGUAUGGUGCAAAUCUAACUUAAAGAAACAGCUUUCUAUUGUGUUGACAUUAAAGGGUUAAAUAAUAUAGAGUAUUAUACCAAUAUUGUAUUAUAGUCAACCUCACUGCCAUUGUAUUGUACAUAAUUAUGUAUAUACUUAUUUAAUUUUUGUACAACUGUCAUAAAUAAAUCAAAGAUGUAAGUAAUUUGUUUGUACAUAUAGUAGGUAUUUUCCUAACUUUCCUGAAAAUAGUACUUAAUGUGUACAUUUAUUUAUAAAAAUAAAGCAUAAUUUUAACUGUA